GACAAUCUUUCAAGCCCCGGCCACGGCCAGUCUCUCUCCUCUGCUGUCACACCCCUUCUCUCUCUUUCUCUUCCCCCCGGCCCUCCCUCAUGCAUAUGCAUGGUACUCGCAUUAGAUUCUACUCCUAGCUCACUCGUCAGCAGUCUCGUCUCAGAUUCAGCCAGUGGUGGCGGACUGGCGGCCUAGCUAGCUAGCUAUAGCUGCGCGUUGCGAGCUUGCAUUGCUGCACCGGAGUAGUAGUACUAGUACCGUACUACCAUCUCUUUCUCUCUCUCUCGCAGCACAGCCACAGCAACACUAGGGUAUACUACCCGGAAAGAGAGAAACGAAGGCUUGGCUGCCGCUGUCUCUCUCUUCUCUCUCUAUUCUCUCUCUCUCCCCUCCAUCAUUGAUCAUUGCCGCCCGAAACGGCAACCCGCCACCAUCCCACUGCACGCUGCAGCUCGCCCCGUCCUCCUCCUCCUCAUCCUCCUCUCCCCCUUCCCCACCCCCAUGUGCUGGCCUGCAGCAGCUCGCUCCACUACCGCCAUUUAAUCCUCCUCGCGCUCGCUCGCUGCUGCUGCGCCUCUAGCCUAGUAGGCUCUCUGCCUCCCAUCAUUCGAUUCCUUUGCACUUGCUGUGCUGGCUUUGCUUGCUCUUGCUCUCCCCUCGCCAGCAAUAAGCUCGGCCCCAUUCCGCUUCUGCCAUCAAGCCCUUGCCGCGCGCGCACCCGCGCACUACGUAUAACCAGCUAGAGUAGCUUGGUAGCUAGGCUCGGCUCGCUAGCGAGCUCGUCGAUCCAAUCCAUCGCUCGUUCGUCCACUAUAACAAUCGACGACGUGUACGAUGGCAGCUGCGGCGGCGCCGAGGCCCAAGUCGCCGCCUGCCUCGCCGGACCCCUGCGGCCGCCACCGCCUCCAGCUCGCCGUCGACGCGCUCCACCGGGAGAUCGGCUUCCUCGAGGGCGAAAUAAGUUCCAUCGAGGGGGUCCACGCUGCCUCCAGAUGCUGCAAAGAGGUUGAUGAGUUCGUUGGAAGGAACCCGGAUCCGUUCCUAACGAUCAGUCAGCAAGAGAGAGGAAGCCACGAUCAAUCUCAGCAGUUUCUGAAGAAGUUCCGAGGAAAGAGCUGCCUGAGCUACUACCUCUCGUGGAUCUGCGGUGGCGGGUGGUGGUGCCCGCCGCCGUUGCAGCUCAAGAGGCCACCGGCGCCGAGCUGCUCCUGCGCGCCGCGGCUGGGGAAGCUCUGCUCCUCCACCGCCUCCUCCUGCUGCAGCUGUUGCUGCUGCCGGUUCCGCGUCGUGUACGCCGCCGCCGGCUGCGGGUGCUGCGCGCCGUGCCCGCGCUGCUCGUGCGACUGCACCUGCGCCUGCCCGCGCUGCUGCUCCUGCGCCUGCCCCAUGUGCAGCGCCGCGUGCUGCGCCCCGCGCUGCUGCCUGUGCCUAUGAUGGCCAUGAGAAAUUUUGCGUGCAUGCUAGUAGUAGUAGUACCCGGAGAUGAUGAUGGAUGACUGGCAUUUUGCAGCAUGGUUUUUUUUUUGGUUUAGUUUCGGCGACACGAGUACUGUUGUAACUGGCUGUACGUGGCUGAUCUGGUUAGUGCUGGUGAAUGGUGUCGAUUCCACAUUUUCCGCUGAGAGUUGCCAUGACAUGCAGCCCUACUAGUCUUACGUACAGCACAAAAGAUGCUUAGAUUCCACUCAGUCCUUCGGUUAUUGCAAUUUAAUGUGGACGGGAGUGUAUUGAAAUGUAUUGGGAUAGAUUUUGACUUGCUAUUAAUUUAAACCGACCCAAUAUCACUCAA